GGUUCGGUGGUGAUGAGGAUGCUGGUAUGAGGUAUGGUGGUGAUCAGAGCACUGGUAUGGCAUAUGGCAGUGAUCAGGGUGUGUGUUUGGUUUGGGGUAUGGCGGUGAUCAAGACACUGGUAUGGGGUAUGGAGGUGAUCAGGGCACUGGUAUGGGGUAUGGCGGUGAUCAGGGUGCUGGCAUGGGGUAUGGAGGUGAUCAGGGUGCUGGCAUGGGGUAUGGAGGUGAUCAGGGUGCUGGUAUGGGAUAUAGAGGUGAUCAGGGUGCUGGUAUGGGAUAUGGCGGUGAUCAGGGUGCUGGUAUGGGGUAUGGCGGUGAUCAGGGUGCUGGUAUGGGAUAUGGAGGUGAUCAUGGUGCUGGUAUGGGAUAUGGAGGUGAUCAGGGUUGCUGAUAUGGGGUAUGGAGGUGAUGAGGCUGCUGGCAAGGGGUAUGGAGGUGAUCAGGACAUUGGUAUGGUGUAUGGGGGUGUUUUUGUGCACACAGGGACAUUGUUUACUAUGUGAGUGCUGUGAGUGGUCACAGCAGUCACAUGGUAAA